UCUACACCGCCACGUCAGCUUAGAGGGCCAGAGCGACUCCGGAUGCCAGCACAUAAAUUCGACGGUGAUCGUGAUAAAAUUCAUCAUUUUGAGGAAAAUUAAGCUCGAGUUUUCCGUGUAGAAGACACAAAACUUACCAGCUCUUGUAAAAGUCGAGAAGUUUCUUCUGAAACUUUUGUGCAACAGCGUGAAUUCUUUGCGUAAAGUUUUGAAAGUGUUCACUCAAUCGAAUCGCAAUGAUGAAGAGUGUAUUGUUUGCAUACGUUGUGGCCGUGGUCAUCUCUCUCGCAGUUUGUAAACCGAGCGAUCACGAGGGGAGUAGCCGAGUGAAGCAAGAAACGAAAUUGAGCGAUCAGGCUCAUUUUGAUGAGCAUGGAAAACACAACCCAGACUAUGAUCACGACGCUUUCCUAGGCGAGGAGGAGGCCAAGAAAUUCACCAAUUUGAGUCCAGAAGAGAGCAAAGAAAAAUUAGGGCAGCUAUUUGACAGGGUAGACUUAAAUAAAAAUGGAUCAAUCAGCGAAUCAGAGCUCAGCGCCUGGAUUGAAAUUCAGACUAAUUCUGUACUCUAUGGCGAGCUGGACAGACUCUUCAAGGCUCACAAUAUGAAUGGCGAUGACCUCUUGACAUGGGCAGAAUACAACCAUACGACCUACAGCGGACUUCCACUGGAAAAGCUGAUCACAAUGCAAGAAGACAAGACCCUGGACUUCAGAAAGAAGGUACGACAGGACAAGGCCCGUUGGUCCUUGGCCGACCAGAACCGAGACGAAGCCCUGGACCGGGAGGAGUACAUGGCCUUUGAGUGGCCUAGGGAGAAACUCCACAUGAAGGACGUCGCCAUCGCAGAGACCAUUGAAGAUAUAGACAAGGACGGAGAUGGUUACGUCAACUUUGAUGAGUUCAUGAAGGACCUUUGGGAUGGCCAGGGUGAGAUGCCUGAUUGGGUGGAAGCAGAACGCAAGGGCUUCGCCGAGUACAGAGACAAAGACGGUGAUGGCAAACUCAACCAUGAGGAAGUUGGAGACUGGAUAAUGCCAACCCAUUAUGACCCCAUUGAAUCAGAGGCUAAGCAUUUGAUGUAUGAGACAGAUGAAAAUAAGGACAACGAACUUACAAAAGAAGAGAUGAUCUUACAUUUCAAGCUCUUUGUGGGAAGCAGGGUUACCAACUUUGGGGAACUCCGGCACGACGAAUUCUAACGCCCUACAUCAUUUUCCCAAACUAUUUAAAUAAAGUCAACUAUUUUUCAGUACAUUUGAUCAAAGGAAACUAUUCAAGGAGUGCUUCACGUCUUGGUGCUACAUUAUUUCAUACUAUGCAAUAACUAUGAGUAUGGUCAGGUCUUGUAGUUGAAGGUGCUCUAAAAUUGUAGUUCCUUUAAACAUUGUGUGAACAUUUAGAAUAACUGAUGGCAUUUUCAAAAGGUUCUUCAAAUGAACCCUAGCUUAGAUUAGACAAACUUUUGCAGGAAUGUAGGAUGUUUAUAUAUUUUCUUUUCCACCUAUGUCAGUUUUGUACAAUUGAAUAUAUGCAUAGUUUUAUUAGAUUUAGCAUAAACUUUUUGCUGCGAGUGAGUAGCUAACUACCCCAAAGUUUUGGAAUGAUACAGUUCUUGUUGAAUCACUAAUGCUGAAUAAUUUACAUUGUGUAUUGUCUUUAAAGUACUUUUGAUUAAUUGAUUGAUUUACUAAAAAACACAGUCUUACAGGCCUGAUAGUUCUUCCUUUUUGUUGCUUGGAAUCUGAUGAUAAUUUUCUCUUUUCUCUGAUAUGGUAGAUUAAUGAUCAUGAGUAGUCAUCAACUCAAUCAAACAUGGAAACAAGUACAUAGGACUAGUCAGAAAAUAAAUCUAGACAGCGCCAUAAGAGUUUUUGUAACUCAAAAAGCGAUCUUGUGAAAACACAACAUCAAAGGAAUGUAAUACUUAAAGAUUUUGUGCAAGCCAGAUAUAUACAUGUAUGUACAUGUAGAAAAUGAGUCUGGAAAUACCAAUUCAAUAUGGCUGACAGCUUUUCACUGUACAGUAUGCAUUUUAUCUCUAUGAAUUUACGAUCAGGAUUUUUUCUCCAAGUAGAUUGUCACAUUCAUUAGUUUCUGUUAUGAAUAGUUUUCAUCAAUCUUUUGAUUUUUUUCAGAGAUCCAUUUUUCAUCAGCAAAUUAUACUUUGAUGUGUAUUGACUUUAUGUUGUUCAUUUUUGUAAAAGUAGAAUUUUGUUGAAAACUUGAAGGGAUUAAAACGAAUUUGAUUUUGAAACUUGAAAGAAAAAAUAAGGUUAUGAAAAAAUGAGAAAUAAAGUUGUAUAAAUAAAUUUGAACGAUUGUUUUCUCACUACAGGGUGAAAUAUAGACUAUGCCCACACUAUGCAAUAUAACGUUUAUUGAGAACCAAAAAGGAGUUAACUCAUUUACUUCAACACAUAGUUAACACCCAUCUAGCUCUCGAUAUCAUGUUAGUUCCUCAUCAUUAUUUUGUAUAGGCAAAUGUGAAGUAAUUUAUGCUAGCCAUUGUUGCCAAAAUGCCAACAUUGUUUUGUAAUGUUGUACUUAAAAGAAGGAUUUAAUACUUGCCACAAGACUUGGUUUACUGCCAAACAAUCAAGCGAUUCCUGCCAUCAUUUUUAAUAAAAACAGGAAAGUGAAA